AUGUCUGACCAUUCGCAUAUCCCACUUCACGAACCCGUUGGAAAAGAGACAGAAAACUGGACGUCGCUCACCGACAAGGAAGCUAAAGUCCGCGCCAAGGCAGUGGAGAAAGGCCAUGAACCGCACGACUGGCGUCAUAUGGCCAACAAGAUCCUUCACACAAACAAAGCCUACCCUGAAGAGGCGCGUGGCGCACUCGAUAUCACACCUACCUCGAAAAAAGAAGCUGCCGCUCAACGAACGACGGACAUUCACGAUUCCAACGACGCUGUCCGCGAUGAUCACAACUUGACGGGCGACCAGCAGUUCCGCUCCAAUGAGCAAUUAAAUCGCACCAGUCACAGCGGCAAUACGACCAUUGGUGGCGAGCAGCACUUUGCAGAACACGAGCGUCGCAACGAGGAUUUCCAACAGGAACGCCGCCACGAGGGAUUCCAGCACUCUGCUCAGACUCAGCGUCAGGACAUGAAUAAUCCUAGCCAGUUGGGAUGUGACCAGACACUGGAUGCCCCUGCGAAUGCGCCGGAAAUGGUUGGUGGACGUGAUCAUGGCACCAAGCCGAUUACACGCACAAACUUUGUCGUGUAA